AUGAUAUGCAUUAUGAAGAAGAGUGAAAAAUUACAGACGGUUGUCGAUGCGCGUAAACGCAACGACAACACCGUAAAGGACGUAACUCCAUUCCCGGACCAGGACCAGAUACGCAUGGACGUGUCUCAUGCCAAAUACCAGUCAAAGAUUGACUCGUCCGAUGCGUAUGAACAAAUAUGGGUGGCAGUGGAGGACGUGUAG